AUGGCCACUCCGGUAAGGCCAACUGACGACGGAACAUUGGAUGCCGACGUUGCGUCACCAGCUGUAGGUCAUGUUGGAGCUUUUCUUGACAGCACCGAAAGGGCAGAUGAUGCUUUGCCAGGUUCCCAUGCGGCGCGCCGGCGAUGGUCCAUGACGCAGCUUGUCGACACUACAGUACAGGGUACCUUUAGCAAUGCUUCACGCUUCGUACAAUGGCUUGACACCACUCCUGGUCGAGGUGUCCUUAAAUGCACAAUCGCUUAUACACUGGCCAGCAUGGCCACAUUUGUGCCAUUCUUGUCUGACUUUCUCGGCAAGCCAGAUGGGAAGCAUGUCGUUGCCACCAUUACCGUAUACUUCCACGCCGCUCGCUCGACUGGCUCAAUGAUUGAGGCGAUCCUCAUAGCCAUUGUUGCUGUAGCGUAUGCCGAACUCGUGUCUCUCAUCUCCAUGGCCACCUCUGUGCUUGUCGGCUCUGUUUUCGGACUGGCUACGCUGGCUCACGUACUGGUUGUCGUCGUCUUCAUCGGCGGCGGGUUUGGUUUCAUGGGUUGGACCAAGCAGCGCAUGAACAAUCCGCUUGUCAAUGUCGCCAGUACUCUCGCUUCUCUCGCAAUUAUAUCCGUCGUCACAAAAGAAACAGCCGUCAUUGACAACGUGUUUUCGAAUCAAAAGAUUGUGCAAGUCCUCAAGAUGCUCAUUAUGGGGAUCACCUGCACUGCAGUCGUCAAUCUGCUCCUAUGGCGGGUUUCUGCACGUCAGCUCGUGCGAGCGUCCAUCACCCAGACGUCAGUUUCGUUGGGAAGCAUGCUGUCCGACGCAACGGCCAGCUUUCUUGCCAGCGCCAACCACGAGGCUGCCUCGCCCGACUUCCCUGACUCGUACACCUACUCUCAAGCGCACUCCCUCUUGCUGAAGCAUCUCCGUGAGGCUAAAUUUGAGCAUUAUCUGCUUGGCCAUACACAGAUCUACAGUCUCGAAAGAUCAACCGUCAGAUCUAUUGAAACUCUGGCUCAGUCCAUAGGCGCCCUGCGCAGUGCUGCCAAAGCUCAGUUCGCGCUGCUGAAUGGUGACGGUCGCGACGCCAUUCUCUUCCAGAUUCACAGCGCUUCGGCAACGCCCUACAUCCCCAGAGAUAUCGACCCAUUCUCCUUUCUUGGUGAGGGAGGCACGCAAUCGUCAGAUUCGGGCUCUAAGGAAGCUCCGGAUCUUCGAGCUGCUGGACGCCUUUUCACCGGGUUUGCGGCUGCGAUUAGGCAGCCAAUGCAGAAUCUGUCGGGAAUUUUGUGCCAGGUACUCACACAAACACCCUUCGCUGGUGCUCCUGACUACACCAUUCAAAUCAACGAUGCCUGCCGCGGCGAGCUCACAAAGCGGCUCGAAAAGUUCAAUAGUGCGCGCGCAGAUGCAUUGCAAAAUUUAUACCACCUCAUUCAGCAGGAAAAUGACAGUGGCCACCCGCAGAUUGUGCUUGAAGAAGUUGCUGCAGCUUGUGGCCAUUUCUCAUUUACAUUGCAGAGCUUUGGCGAGGAGAUGAAGAAGUACCUGGACGUCCUGGAAGAUCUCAAGCACAGUUACGACCGUAAACAGUCCAGCUGGCGCUGGCUUCUGUGGUGGCGGAAGAGCAAAUCUGACCAUGGCCUGGCAGCGCUGCCCUUUGACGCGCCAGAGGCCGAGGUCCUGGUUAAGCCGAUUAGAAAGUCAGCUGUGCCAGCAGGUAUUCCGCGUUCGAUGCGACAACGCCGCGAUACAUACAAGUGGGACGCGGCUCCUAACGCGAGCAAGAUUAUGUCGAAGCUGUCACAAGCCUUCCUUCACUUCCUGCGAAAGAUGGCGCGGGACGAUGUCUUGUUCGGUCUCAAAGUUGGCAUCGGUGCAGCACUUUGGGGCUCGCUUGCUUUCAUCGAGGCGACGCGCGAAAUGUACAAUCACUAUCGUGGUGAAUGGGGCCUCUUGUCAUUUAUGAUUGUCUGCUCCAUGACGGUCGGUGCAUCCAACACCACGGGCUGGGCUCGAUUCCUGGGAACCUUUGCAGGUGCCUUCUUUUCGCUCUUCAAUUGGACGGUAAGCCAAGGCAAUGGGGCCGCGCUUGCAAUUCUAGGAAGCUUUGUCGCCUUCUUUAAUUUCUAUCUUAUUGUGGCCUGCGGUCGUGCGCCACUGGGACGCAUGACAAUCCUAGCAUACAAUGUGUCGACUCUGUACGCUUAUUCACUCAGCCAAAAAGUUGACGAUGACGAUGACGAUGACGAUGAGGGUGGCAUCCAUCCUCUCAUGAGGGAGAUUGUCACGCACCGUGUCAUUUCAGUUUGCGCAGGCAUUGUGUGGGGUCUAGCCGUGUGUCGAUUUGUUUGGCCCAUCUCCGCGCGCCUCAAGUUCAAAGAAGGCAUCUCGGUACUAUUCCUGCAAAUGGGUCUGAUCUGGCGCCGUGGACCGCUUGCCAUUCUUCUACGCUCCGACUGCUCUCAAAGCUACCUCAAGUCCGGCGAGCAAGUGGCGCUGCAGCGCUAUGCCGACCGUCUCGAGUCCCUCCGCCACAGCGCCGCCUCCGAAUUUGAGCUGCGCGGCCCGUUUCCGUUUGAGGCCAACGGGCGCAUCCUGCGCAGCGUAAACCGCAUUCUGGAUGGAUUCUACUCCAUGAGUCUGGUCGCGCAGCGCAAAUCGAGCCUGUCCAGCGGCGAGCGUGCGUUGCUCGAGUACACGUCGCGAGAGCGCGCUGUGCUGUGUGACCGCAUUUGCCACAUCUUCCAAGUGUUGGCCAGCUCCACGAUGCUGGAGUACCCGCUGACUGACGCGAUUCCGAGUAUCGCCCGCGCGCGUGACCGACUCUUGAGCAAAGUGUUUGAGUUUCGAGAGGCUCACGCUGCACGCCGCCAGGCAGUUUUGGGUGUCGGUUCGCCCUCCACUCAGCAGCAGGAGCUAGCCUGGCAAGAAUCCGGGUUUGUACUUGAUGUCGCGGUUAGUGAGAAGGACUACGCGCUGCUGUAUGCGUAUGCCCUUGUGACGGGUCAGGUGGAAGACGAGCUCAAGAUUGCCAGACAAGAGAUUGAAGGUCUUCUUGGAGUACUCAAAGACGACCCGCUUCUUAGCGAGUGA